AUCACAAACAGUUGUGUUUCCACAUGAUUUCUCGUUUUUAUUUUUAGGUUAGAUUAAAAAUUUUUAGUUUUUUUUGUAUAAUUACGUGUAAAAAUGGGUGAAAUCAAAGUAAAAAGUAUAGAUAGUCUAAAAGAAGGCAAAUACAAUAAAGUUAUAGCACACAUUGAGAAUAAAUGGAAACUUGUUCCGGCAUUUUUGAAAGGAAAAGGUUUAGUUAAACAACACAUUGAUUCAUUCAAUUAUUUCAUCAAUGUUGAGAUAAAAAAAAUAGUUCAAGCCAACCAGACUAUUUAUAGUGACGCCGAUCCUUUAUUUUACCUCAAAUAUUUAAAUGUAUACGUUGGAUCUCCAGAUGUAGAGGAAGGUUCCCACGUAACUCGAUCGACAACUCCUCAUGAAUGUCGAUUGCGAGAUUUAAAUUACUCUGCUCCAAUUACUGUAGAUGUAGAAUACACGAGAGGUGAUCAAAAAAUUAUAAAAAAUAAUGUAAUUAUUGGAAGAAUGCCUAUAAUGUUAAGGAGUUCCAACUGUGUUUUAACAGAUAAAUCUCAUUUUGAACUGGCCAAAAUGAAUGAGUGUCCACACGACCCUGGCGGUUAUUUUAUUAUUAAUGGGCAAGAGAAAGUAAUUUUAAUUCAAGAGCAGAUGAUCCGAAAUCGAAUAAUUCUUGAAAAAGACAAUAAAAGUUACGUAGUUGCUUCAUGUAACAGUUCAACACAUGAGAGAAAAACAAAAACUAAUAUAAUUGGCAAGGGUGGAAAAUAUUAUUUGAGACACAAUAUCUUUCAAGAUGACAUUCCAAUUUCUUUGAUAUUUAAAGCAAUGGGAAUUGUUUCUGAUCAAGAGAUUAUGCAACUUAUUGGUACAGACGAAGAAUACAUGAGAAAAUUUGCCUCGAGCAUAGAAGAAUGCCACGCAUUGAAGAUAUUUUCUCAAAAUCAAGCUCUAAAAUAUCUUGGAAAUAAGAUAAAACAAAAAAGAUAUGCUUCAGCUGUUAAGAGAAAUGUAAUCGAUGAAGUCAAAGAUAUGUUGGCACAAAAUAUUUUAUCACAUGUCCCUGUAGUUGAUUUUAAUUUUAAAAUGAAAGCGACUUACUUAGCAGUAAUGAUUCGAAGAGUAAUGAGAGCACAAUGUGAUGAAUCUUUGCUUGAUGAUCGAGACUAUUAUGGUAAUAAAAGAUUAGAAUUGGCUGGUUCACUUCUAUCAUUAAUGUUUGAAGAUUUAUUUAAACGAUUUAAUUCAGAACUAAAACAAAUUGCUGAUAAAAAUAUUCCAAAAAUCAUGGCAUCUCAAUUUGAUAUUGGAAAACAUUUGAGACACGAUUUAAUCAUGAAUGGUUUAGCAUUCGCAAUUUCCUCCGGAAAUUGGACUAUAAAACGUUUCAAAAUGGAACGUCAUGGUGUUACACAAAUUCUAUCACGAUUAUCAUAUAUUUCAGCACUAGGAAUGAUGACACGAGUCAACUCUCAAUUUGAAAAAACCCGAAAAGUAUCUGGUCCUCGAUCAUUACAACCAUCACAAUGGGGUAUGCUAUGUCCGAGUGAUACUCCAGAAGGAGAAUCUUGUGGUUUAGUAAAGAAUCUUGCACUCAUGACCCAUAUCACGACUGAAAUCGAAGAAGAAUCAAUCAUUCGUUUUGUAUUCAACCUUGGUGUUGAAAGUAUAAAUAUUCUUGGGGGUGAAGAAAUUAAUCAUAAAGACGUUUACAUGGUCUUCCUUAACGGAAAUAUCCUUGGAAUAAUAAAAGACUACAAUAGACUUGUAAAUAUAUUUCGAAUGCUACGAAGAAAAGGACUUGUAAAUGCUUUUGUUUCCAUCUAUUUACAACAUAAACAUAAGUGUGUUCAAAUAAGCUCGGACGGCGGAAGACUGUGUCGGCCUUAUAUUAUUGUAAAAAAUGGUGAACCACUAGUAAAAGAAGAGCACAUACAAAUUCUAGAGCAAGGAAUCAAAAGUUUUGAAGAUUUUCUGCAAGAGGGUUUAGUAGAAUAUCUUGACGUCAAUGAAGAAAAUGAUUGUUAUAUAGCAUUCAACGAAUCACAUAUAAAUUAUGAUACAACACAUUUAGAAAUAGAACCUUUUACGUUACUUGGAGUUUGUGCUGGUCUUGUUCCUUAUCCUCAUCACAAUCAAAGUCCUCGAAAUACGUAUCAAUGUGCUAUGGGUAAACAAGCAAUGGGAACUAUUGGCUAUAACCAACGUAAUCGAAUAGAUUCGUUGAUGUACAAUUUAGUAUAUCCUCAAGCACCAAUGGUCAAAUCUCGGACUAUUGAAUUGAUUAAUUUUGACAAACUUCCUGCUGGACAGAAUGCAAUUGUCGCGGUGAUGUCUUAUAGUGGUUACGAUAUUGAAGAUGCAUUAAUAUUAAAUAAAGCAUCAAUUGACAGAGGUUAUGGUAGAUGUUUAGUGUAUAGAAAUGUUAAAACAACACUCAAAAAAUAUACGAACCAAACGUCUGAUAUAAUACUGGGUCCGUUGAUUGAUAAUAACACCAAAAAACCUAUGUGGAAGCAUGAUAUUAUUGACUCUGACGGCAUUGCUGCACCCGGAGAAAUGGUGGAAAAUAAAAAAAUUAUGAUAAACAAAUCCGUGCCAGCAGUAACUAUUAGCCCUGUUAAUACACAACAUGCUCAAAAUCCACCUGAUUAUCGCGAAGCACCAGUACUUUUUAAAGGCCCAGUACCUGCAUAUGUUGAAAAAGUAAUGGUAUCUACAAAUGCUGAAGAAUCGUAUUUGAUCAAAUUGUUAUUGAGGCAAACUAGAAGACCAGAAAUUGGUGAUAAAUUUAGUAGUAGACAUGGACAAAAAGGUGUAACAGGUUUGAUUGUUGAACAAGAAGACAUGCCUUUCAACGAUUCAGGAAUAUGUCCAGAUAUGAUCAUGAAUCCUCAUGGCUUUCCAUCUCGAAUGACAGUUGGCAAAUUAAUUGAACUUCUAGCUGGAAAAGCUGGAGUAUUAAAAGGUGAAUUUCAUUAUGGAACGGCAUUUGGUGGUUCUAAAGUCUCAGAUAUAUGUGAAGAAUUAGCCAAGAAUGGAUACAACUAUCUUGGCAAAGACAUGUUUUAUUCAGGAAUAACUGGUGAACCAUUACAAGCAUAUAUAUAUUCAGGACCAGUUUAUUAUCAAAAGCUAAAACACAUGGUACAAGAUAAAAUGCAUGCAAGAGCACGAGGUCCAAGAGCUGUAUUAACUCGACAGCCAACAGAAGGAAGAUCUAAGGAUGGAGGUUUAAGAUUAGGUGAAAUGGAGAGAGAUUGUUUAAUUGGUUACGGUGCAAGUAUGAUGCUAGUGGAAAGGUUAAUGAUUUCUAGUGAUGCUUUUGAUGUUGAUAUUUGUAAUAAGUGUGGACUAAUGGCAUAUAAUGGAUGGUGUCAUAGCUGCAGAUCAAGUGGAUGUGUCUCAACGAUAUCAAUGCCUUAUGCUUGCAAACUUUUAUUUCAAGAACUUCAAUCUAUGAACAUUGUUCCACGAUUAACUCUUAAAAAUUACUGCGAUUAAUGGUAAUUAGCAUUUAUUAUAAGUUGUAAAUAAUUUUUUAUUUAAUAAAAGUAUUUAUAAAAUAUUUCUUCUAUGAA